AUGCUGCGCCUCGCGGCCAAGCUGGUGGCCUUCUUCUGGAGGAGGGCGGACGGCCCGGUGGAUGAGGUCCGACCGCCGGGGCUCGAGCUCCGGGAAGGCGACACCGAGUUGAAAACCGUGCAGGGCGUGGUGACGAGGUACUGCAGCGAUUAUGGCAUGAUCGACGAUCUGAUCUACUUCUCCAGCGAGGUGGUGAUUGGCAAGGCGCUUCUGAACGUUGGGCAGGAAGUUAUUGCCGUCGUGGAAGAAAACAAAGUGUCCAACGGACUGAAAGCAAUCAGGGUGGAAGCUGUCUCCGAUAAAUGGGAAGAGGACAGCAAAACCCAGUGCGGAGGGCCGCCAGACUCCAGCCCCCGGGCGCUGAUCGGCUGUGUGACUUCGCUGGCGAAGGGCGCAGGCUACAUCAACCAGACCACGCACUUCUCCCUGCAGAGUGUCUGUGAAGGUUUCGAGCCGUGCAAGGGCGACUGGGUGGAGGCCACGUACUGGAUCCGGCCGGGCACGUGGAGCAGCGAGGCCGUGCUGGUGAAGCCGCUGCGGUACAAGCGCAUGGACAGGGUCUGCAUUUCCAGCCUCUGGGGAAGAAACGGGGUGAUCGACGACAGUGUCUUUUUCACCUUGGACUCUCUGAGGCUUCCGGAGGGGUACGUGCCACGACGGUACGACGUGGUCAACGCCGUGGUGGUGGAAAGCAGCCAGUCGUGCUACACGUGGAGGGCCCUGUGCAUGACCCUGGUGUCUAGACGAGACAGCGCCGUCUCCGCCGGGGCCGAGGCUGCGGAAGAGGCCUGUGAGGCCCUUUUACUGCAAGACAAAGGCAACAUCGAAGUGACGAGAAUGACCAACUUUGGAACCAUGAAGGAAGGAGGAAGCAAGAGCCUGGUGCUCUGCAUAGAGAAUAAAGGAGACGCUCCUCAGAACUUGGUCAGCUGCAAACUGGCCGGCUGGGACAAGGCCAGACAGUUCCGCUUCCACACGCUGCAGGGGCCCCAGUGCUGCCCGCCGGCAUCCCCUGGCCCCGACCCUGAGGAGGCCGAGAGCGGCUCAGAGGGGGGCAUCGGCCCCUCUGGCGGCUGCCGAGACGACAGAGCCCGUCGGACGUCAGAGGGCAGCGCGGCCCCCGAUCGCGUCCUCUCCUCAGGUGACUGUGCCCAUAAAGGAGAAAGUGGAGGAAAAGAACAGAGUGUCUCACGGAAGCAGGCGGCCGAGCCCGAACCCAGCGGGCUCAUCGCUCCCGGUGGGAAAACCUUGAUUGUGGUCGUUUGUGAGGCAAAGACCACCGGCCGCUGCAGGGAGCUCCUCCUGCUCUGCUUCUCCAGCUUCCUGAUCGGGCGCUUCCUGGAGGUGAGCGUGGUGAGCGCCGAGGAGUCCCUGAUCGCCGUGCGCGAGCCCUUCCUGUGGAAGAGGUCCAGAAGUCCCCAGGUGCCAACGCCCACAAAAUCUACCGUUGUUGUGACCACACAGAAAAGGAACUCGAGACGCCAACUUCCAAGUUUCCUUCCGCAGUACCCAAUACCUGAUCGACUGAAGAAGUGUGUGGAGCAAAAAAUUGACAUACUGACUUUUCAGCCGUUACUUGCAGAGCGUUUGAACAUGUCAAACUACAAGGAGAAGUUUUCGACUUUGCUCUGGCUUGAGGAGAUUCAUGCAGAAAUAGAGCUGAAAGAGUAUAACAUGAGUGGGGUCACCUUGAAAAGAAACGGGGAUUUACUGGUACUGGAGGUGCCGGGAUUGUCUGAGAGCCGGCCCUCUCUGUAUGCAGGUGAUAAGCUGGUUUUGAAAACACAGGAGUACAAUGGGCAUGUCGUCGAAUACAUUGGCUACGUGGUGAAGAUCCAUGAGGAAGAUGUGACUCUUAAGCUGAAUCCAGAGUUUGAGCAAGCGUAUAACUUUGAGCCCAUGGACGUGGAGUUCACGUAUAACAGGACCACAAGCAGACGGUGUCACUUUGCGCUGGAACAAGUCGCCCACUUAGGAGUAAAAGUGUUGUUUCCAGAAGAAAUCAUUUUACAGUCUCCCCAAGUGACAGGCAGCUGGAACUAUGCACAGGACACUGGAAACGAAGGACAGCCCACCCCCCAGGAAAGCUGUCAAGGACCAACCCAAGCCUGCCACCAGGACAGGGCGAGCGUUGCCCAGGGCACGCCAGGGCCAGCGGCCUUUGCUACAGGGAUGAGUCACCUGGGAAAUGAGAUGCAGGCCCCAGAGGCCAGAAAGGAGGAGUUUUUCAAUCCUCUGCUCAACGAAAACCAGAAGCUGGCCGUGAGGAGGAUCCUGAGUGGCGACUGCCGCCCCCUCCCGUAUAUCCUCUUCGGACCCCCUGGGACUGGGAAGACCGUGACGAUAAUAGAGGCCGUGUUACAGGUGUACCACGCCGUGCUGGACAGUCGGAUUUUGGUGUGUGCGCCCUCCAACAGCGCGGCCGACCUCGUGUGUUUGCGGCUGCAUGAGAGCCAGCGGCUGCGGCCCGGCACCAUGGUCCGCGUGAACGCCACGUGCAGGCUAGAGGAGACGAUCGCCGAGGCCAUCGGGCCGUACUGCAAGGACGGGGGGGACAUCUGGAGGGCCUCCCGCUUCCGGGUUGUCAUCACCACCUGCAGCAGCGCGGGGCUCUUCUAUCAAAUCGGAGUUCGAGUCGGACACUUCACGCACGUGUUUGUGGACGAAGCCGGGCAGGCCAGCGAGCCGGAGUGCCUCGUGCCCCUUGGGCUGGCGUCGGACGUCAGCGGCCAGAUCGUCCUUGCUGGCGACCCCAUGCAGCUCGGUCCGGUCAUCAAGUCCCGGCUGGCCAUGGCCUACGGGCUGAACGUAUCUCUGCUGGAAAGACUGAUGGCCCGGCCAGUGUACCUGAGAGACGAAAACGCUUUCGGUGCUUGUGGCGCCUACAACCCCUUGCUGGUGACGAAGCUCGUGAAGAACUACCGGUCCCAUGCGGCCCUGCUGGCCCUGCCCUCCCGGCUGUUCUACCACAAGGAGCUUGAGGUGUGUGCGGACCCCAAGGUGGUGGCCGCCUUGCUGGGCUGGGAGAAGCUUCCCAGGAAGGGCUUCCCCCUCAUCUUCCACGGCGUGAGGGGCAGCGAAGCUCGUGAGGGGAGGAGCCCGUCGUGGUUCAACCCGGCCGAGGCCGUCCAGGUCCUGCGCUACAGCUGCCUGCUGGUUCACAGCCUCUCCAGCCGGGUGUCCCCGCAGGACGUCGGCGUGAUCACGCCCUACCGCAAGCAGGUGGAAAAAAUCAAAAUUCUUUUGAGAAACGUGGAUCUGAUGGACAUAAAGGUUGGCUCGGUAGAGGAGUUCCAAGGACAGGAGCACUCGGUCAUCAUCAUCUCCACGGUGCGAUCAAAUGAAGAUCAAUUUGAAGAUGAUAGGUACUUUUUGGGUUUCCUGUCCAACUCAAAAAGAUUUAACGUUGCUGUCACCAGACCCAAAGCCUUGCUGAUUGUUCUGGGAAACCCCUACGUUCUGGUCAGAGACCCCUGCUUCGGCGCCCUGCUGGAGCACAGCAUCACCAACGGCGCGUACACGGGCUGCGACCUGCCGCCCGCGCUGCGGUCCCUGCAGAAGUGA